AUGUCGAGCAUCGAGGCCCAAGUUUCAGCGGUAAUAGGCCCGUUAGAGGUCGGAACGCUUGGAAGCGCGAUUCUGCUGGGAUGCGCCGCUCUCCAAGGGUAUUUUUACUAUUCAAACUUUGAUUCGGAUUCACGCAGGAGAAAGACUCUCGUCGCUGCAGUAAUGUACUUCAUUCAUCGACGAAAAACGUUCUUUAGCGACAUCGCUAAACUCAUUCUUAGCUUCGUCGACGUAUUCUACUUCUGCUGCUGCGCAGCACUACUAUGGAGCCUGACCAUCACGUUCUUUGGGAAUACCGACAGAGUAAAAGUACUGCCCAUGGCACAGCUCGGUGGUAUGACCAUUGCCACAGCAGUCAUGAAUAUUCUCAUGCAGGGCUUUUAUGCGUACCGCCUAUGGAGGCUCUCAAGCUCCCCCUUGCUCCCCGCUGCCGUUGUACUUUCUACAAUCGUGUCCACCGUUGUAACGAUCUGGGGCGCAAUUUCUGGCUUUGUAUACACGGGGGAGUGGCUUGGCUCGCACCAGUGGGUCGGUAUUACUAUCGCCUCCUGCGAGAUAGUUGGCUCUCUGCUCAUCACGGGUGGGACGGCAUGGUAUCUGGUCAAAGCCAAAAUAUGGGCGCAUCAAAAGACGGCGCGACAGAUCGAUCGAAUGAUCGUUUGGACACUUGAAACCGGGUUUCCACCUAGCAUAUGUCGCAUUGUCGUUCUAAUAUGCCUUGUACGGUACCAUACUGUCGGUGAGAUAUGGCUCGGUCCCUUCAGUGUCAUCGCAGGAGUGCAAGCCAACUGCGUCCUUGCUGCAAUCAACACCUCCAUUGUCUGGAGGAGAAACAGUAAUGUCCACAUGUUUCACUCGAAUUCAGGCUCGGAGCUUCCCACUGUUGAGAUACGCGUGGACGAGAUAGUGCGACACGAUGCCGAAAAUGGCCCUUUUGGCAAUAUAAAGUUCUCCCAUUCGCCUUCCAACGUUCUUGAUGCUAGAGAUAAUGAACACUUUGGAUGCGAUAUGUUGGAUAUUGUCAAUCAUCUGACCUUUGGGCAAUGGUUGCUGAAUAAGCAUAUGAGAAUUCAGCCUGAUCUCAAAAUUGUAUGCGGCAAUUAUGGCAUCGAGGAUAGAACAAGAAUAGUCAGCUGUGUGCCAGGAACGGGCGUGUAUAUUCGAGACAUGGGCGGCUUAGUUGGAAACCCCUUUCGUCGUGUGUGCCCAACAACCCCGUGA